AUGGCUACCAAGCUUUACAACGUCGGUUUAAAUGUUGAUGAAAAUUUGACCUUUGGCGUUUUUCGAGAUGAGAACAUACCCACACCAGGCGAUGACGAAUUGCUCAUUGAAACUCUUUACUCUGGAGCGAACCCGGCAGACAUCAAGCAUUCAACUCACCUUGGCAUAUAUCCUACACGACUUGGCUACGACUUCUUCGGCAAAGUGAUCAAGGCUCCCUCAGGAUCAGCUUUUCACGUUGGAGAUAGCGUGGCCGGAUAUACUCCAACAGGAAUAGGUCGACCGGCCAAGUACGGCACGCAUCAGAGCUACUUGGUCUGUCCUGAAAAGAUGGCAUUUGUGGUUCCUGAGAAUCUCCCUCCGGAUCAUGCUGCAUGUUUGAAAGUGGUUGCGAUGACGGCAGCGGAUGCACUGUACAACUUGUUCAAACUUCCUCUGCCUGGCAAAUCAACACAGGGGCUUCCUGGCAACAUCACUGGCAAACCGCUUUUGAUUUGGGGUGCAUCCACUAGUGUGGGAAUAUGCGCUAUUCAACUUGCAAAGGCUAGUGGGGUCUUCCCUAUUCUCGUCUCAGCCUCGUCAGAACGACAUGCUCUUUUAUCAGAACUUGGUGCCACUUAUUGUUUUGAUUACAAGUCCCCUUCUGUGAUUGAGGAUAUCAAAGCAGUGUUGAAGAACUGGGAUUUUGACGGAGUCCCAUACGCCUUCGAUACCGUGGGAAGUCCAAGUGGGGUAGGAUCAGCACAGAUGGUGGCUUCUUGUGCCUCAGAUGAUGCUAUCUUAGUCUCUGUUGUGGUUCAAAAGGACCGUCGUUUUCUGAUGCCUUUGGCGGUGACCGAUGAAGAUGUCACAUUGAGGAUUCCGGGCGUUCCUCAUCGAAUAACAAUUCCAGCACGGAAGGAGGACCAUCAACGUGCACUGAAUGCUCUUCAAUGGGCAGUUAACAACUAUGGAUCCCAGUUUCGACUUGUCUCGGUCGAUGUAUUCAAAGGGCGAGCGGAGGAUGCGCUCGUGGAGUUGAAGAUUCUGGCUGAUAAAGGCCGAGGUUUUGGGAAGCUGGCUAUCAUGCAUCCACUUCAAUGA